UUCUCCAGGCAGCCGGGCGCGCGCUUUGACGCUCUUCGGUAGAGACCGUUUUCAUCACUACUUCGCUGAUCCCGACAUAUUCCUGACUCUUGUCGCACAACAGGAUCAAAGGUUUUCUUGUGUUUCGUGUUCAUGCAUUCGGACAGUUGAAGGAAAACGCCGCGCUAAAUGAGUUGAGCUCGAGAAACGCACACGCACAGCAUCUUCCUCUUGUCAGGUUGAGGUCCUUCAGCACACUGGAGCCGCUCUUUCUAGAGCUGUGCACUGGAGUUUAAAGGACACAUCUUCUUUUUCGUCUUGGAAGUACACGUUCAGGACUGAGAAGCAUCACCAAUAUAUCGUCUGGAGUUCAGGACAGGAAAUUAUUUUUUUUUCUCUCUCACAACGCCGUUACGCAUGGUGGGAAUUUCUACCUCUUUUCAGUAUCGCACUGAGAAGCGCUCCACCAUGCCCGACUCACCUGCUGAUGUGAAAACACAGUCCAGGUUAACUCCGCCCACCAUGCCUCCUCCCCCCACCACACAGGGAGCUCCUAGGACCAGCUCCUUCACCCCUACAGCAUUAACGAAUGGCACCAGUCACUCUCCCACUGCACUGAAUGGAGCUCCAUCUCCACCCAAUGGCUUCAGCAAUGGGCCUUCGUCAUCAUCUUCUUCCUCGCUGGCCAAUCAACAGCUGCCACCAGCCUGUGGCGCAAGGCAGCUGAGCAAGCUCAAACGCUUCCUCACAACACUACAGCAAUUCGGCAAUGACAUCUCGCCUGAGAUUGGAGAACGAGUUCGCACGCUGGUCUUAGGACUUGUGAACUCCACUCUAACCAUUGAGGAAUUUCACUCCAAACUGCAAGAAGCGACCAACUUCCCACUCCGACCGUUUGUCAUCCCAUUUCUAAAGGCCAAUCUGCCGCUAUUGCAGAGGGAACUGGUGCACUGUGCACGGCUGGCCAAGCAGAACCCGGCUCAAUAUCUGGCCCAACAUGAGCAGCUCCUGCUGGACACAAGCACCACGUCGCCCGUUGACUCGUCUGAACUCUUGAUGGACGUCAACGAGAAUGGCAAGAGAAGAACGCCUGACAGAACCAAAGAGAACGGCUUUGAGCGUGAGCCCCUUCAUCCUGAGCACCCCAACAAGAGGCCCUGCACUAUCAGCCCGGGACAGCGCUUCAGCCCCUCCAACGGGCUCUCCUACCAGCCCAACGGCCUUCCGCACCCCACACCACCCCCUCCACAGCACUACCGUCUGGACGACAUGGCUAUCGCACACCACUACAGAGAUUCCUACAGGCACCCCAACCACCGCGAGCUCCGCGACCGCCCUCGGCCACUGGGGAUGCACGGCAGCAGCACACGCCAGGAGGAAGUCAUAGAUCACAGACUCACAGACAGAGAAUGGGCAGAAGAGUGGAAGCACCUUGACCAUGUAAGAAAACUCCUGAACUGCAUUAUGGAUAUGGUGGAGAAGACACGUCGCUCAUUGACGGUGUUGCGGAGGUGCCAGGAGACUGACCGAGAAGAGCUCAACUACUGGAUCCGGCGUUACAGUGAUGCUGAAGACCUUAAAAAGACCAGCAGCUCCAGCACCAGUCAGUCAAGACAGCAGAGCCCCGCUAGCCAAGAAGGCAAUGCUUUAGAAGUACAUAGGGAGCUCCUUCACAGGCCAGUGUCUGGAUACGUACCUGAAGAAAUCUGGAAGAAAGCCGAAGAGGCUGUGAAUGAAGUGAAGAGGCAGGCCAUGUCUGAGCUGCAGAAAGCCGUGUCAGAGGCUGAGCGCAAGGCACACGAGAUGAUCAGCACCGAGCGAGCCAAGAUGGAGCGCACGGUGGCUGAGGCCAGGAGGCAAGCAGCAGAGGACGCGCUGUCAGUCAUCAACCAGCAGGAGGACUCCAGUGAGAGUUGCUGGAAUUGUGGGCGCAAGGCGAGUGAGACCUGCAGCGGCUGCAAUACGGCGCGUUACUGCGGUUCCUUCUGCCAGCACAAAGACUGGGAAAAGCACCACCACGUGUGUGGCCAGACUCUGCAGGCCCAGCAGCAGGGUGAGACCCCUGCCACCGUCAGCUCCUCAGCCACUCCCAGCAGCGGAGCUGGUAGUCCAGCAGACACACCGUCUGCCGCUGCCACUCCUCGCUCAGCCACACCCGGCACGCCCUCCACCGUGGAGAACACGCCGCGCUAGAGUCCAAGCCGACUUACCUGCCUCACUCGCUCCAAAAUGCUAAAGCUAGCGCACUAACAAAGAGAGAAGACUGUACUUACUUUGGGCGAUCACCCACAGGAGGUCCAUUUCGGGUCAUAUUGACUUGCCAUGAUAGAGAACGCAAAGAUAUUCUUUGUUUGAAAUUCUCAUUGUCCUUUAUUAAUGCCACAGCUAUUAUGGAUGACUGUUGGUCAUGUCUUUUAUUGUUGUUGUGGCUCUCUUGCAUUCUUGUAAAUAAGAAGACAAAUGGAGUAGACAGCCGGGAUCUCUUGAUGAGUGUAUUUGACCUCUCCUUCAUUUAUUUUUUUGGGUUUCCCCUCCUCCUUUGUUCCGUUCUCAAAGCUCUUUAUCCAGUAGCUGGGAUAUGAAACUAUUUGACCUCAUUAAAGACACUUUAAAUGACAAAACCAAGGAAAUACUUCACAGCUGAUGUAAGCAAAGACUCUGACUUUUAUUAGGACAAAAAGACAGCGUUCCUUGUAAAGAAGUCAACACGACGUUCGUCGUUGCCAUGAAGGGCAUCUGUGUCGGAUGUGGUGGAGUAGACGGCGUUUCUGGCUCACGCGCUCAAUUCUGCAGAUGUGCAGCAGAUUGUGAAGGAACGCAGAUGUUCGCCCCUCUUCUGCAAGAUAAUAUCCAGGUCAGUGGUCUGAGAAAUAAAACGCUGUUUCACUGAGGAAUGUAGGGGCGAGGAGCUGGAUGUUGAGUAGCACACAGCUUAAUGAAGGAUGCGCUCUGAGCCCUGAUCCCAAAUGCAGCUCCCAAAACAGGAAGUGAAGUCAUCGGCCCACCAGUGGAGGACUGUCAGAACCUCACUGUGACAGCCGCUGGGAAGCAAAGGGCUGAGGAAUUCCCCAUAAAUCAUUGGCUGUUGGAGCUCUCUCCUGUCCCGCCAUCAGUCCUCGUUCUGCUUCUUUUUGCCCUUCUAGAUCUCAUUGUGUUAAACACUUGUGUCCUGUGCCGUCUCCAAUGGUUAUUUAUUGUACAUGUGCUGGACAAUUGUGACGACGCAUUAAUAGUUUAAACCACAGUCACAACUUUUUAGUCUUUCUAGGUGCAAAAAGGAAGAACAUAUUUUCUCUUGUUUUCUCUCUCUCUCUCGGUCUCUCUCUCUUUCGCAAGCUGCUUUUCUAUUCGUAUGUGUUUGUGCUAGUCCCCUUGUUGUUCUCUAAGAAGAAGAAAAAACUUUUCCCCCAUUGUCCUCGAAAGGCAAACGCUAUCUCUCAGAGCUGCUACUUCGGUCUCAUUCAGAUGUUUUUCUGAGAACUAGCAUGUUACAUGGAAUGCUAACAUAAAUGUUUUUGUACAUGGGACGUACAUAAAUGUAUUUGCACUGUCACGGUUUCUCUCAGCAUGCUUCUUUUGGCAUUUUCGUUUUCUCCAUAGGGAGCCUCACUUCAUAGGUUUUCUUUGGAGUGCUUCGUUACAUAUCUGUGAUUUUCUUUUCUUGUUAAAAAAUGGAUAAAACAUAUGAAAAAAAAGCGAAAAAAGACAAAAGACAAAACAGAAGUAUCACCACGAUCUGCUUUUGUUCACAUUUUUUCUAAACAUUUUGCUUUGAAUAGUUAAGGACAGCGCAUGCACAUGCAUACUGAACGCUAUGGUAUAUGUUGUUUUGUUUUCUACAAAAAAAAAAAAAGAAAAAGUGUACAAAAAAGACACUAAGAAACUAACUUUCCAAAUGCAGAGGUGAAAAACAGACAGCUUUAACACUGCAGAGCACCAGGAUACACAGUAUUACAAAAGACAUAACAUGGAAGACAGCCAAAGACAGACAUGAAGGACCAAAACCUGAUUUUAUUCAAGAUUUAAACAUGACAAAAGAGACUCAUUCUUGUUUUCUCCACGUGUUUAUCAGGGGAAGCCACAUUGAGCAAUGUCUCCAUUCCAAAACCUUUAACUCUCCCCUGUCCAGAGCCAGGGCUGUUCAGCUCAUAGGGAGGAGGAGCCACUCAAAACCAUGUAGCAGUUCCUGAGGAAAGAAGAUUUCGUGUGUGGACGAUGCAGUCUGAAUGACUGAGCAAUAACCGGAAGGUGGAUCCCACAUCUAGAUCCUCCGUGGCGAGGUUUUCACAACCGUUUCAUAGUCGUCCUUUUUCCUUUCGUAUCGUUUGGAAUUGUCUCCCCAAAAGGCUCUUCUCGUUCAUGAACGGCACAUAACCAAACCAAGUGUUUCAGCUCAAGAUUAAAAGCCAUGUGAGAAACUAAACGACACAACCUCGUUGUUGGCUUAAGAGAAAGAGGGGUCUGAUCGAGCACUUAAGCCUCAUUUACACUAUGAGCGACUUCCGGAGACCUAGCUGAGCAACAGCAAUUGCUGGCGACCAGGUGGUCGUGUCGAGAGAUGCGUCAAAGUUGAGUAUCCUUCAACUUUAUGCAAACGAAGACCGAUUUUUCUUGAGCGACAGCCAAUAGGAGCACCAGUAGAACUCAAGUGAUCCUCUCUCUGCUCGCUCAGAGGCUGGUUGUAUUCUCCAUGCUCAAACCUGCAUUUGCAGCAGAUCACCACCCAGAGCGACAGGCAGGUACAAAGUCGCUGCUAGUGUGAUUGAGGCAUUAGCUGGCUCAUGGUGCUAAAUGUUGUGCUUUUGACCUCUUAGGAGAAGAGGCUGGCUCUGGACGCACUUCCGGCCUCCUCCGGCAUGCUAAGGUUAUUAAUCCAAAAAUCAAGGGUGUAAGACACCCAUCCACACCUCCAUAGAAUCUGCCAGCUAAGCUGUCUUGAAACUAUUUUUGAAAUACAUGCAGUUAGUGUAGAGUUCAAUCAGGGUGACCUGAAUAAAUAAGCACGGAUAAAGCGUUAAGAAACUCCUCCUUCUCCUUCCCACUCUAGUACGUCUGUUUUGCUACAACCUUUUUUCCUCGGUGGCAAAAAGUCUCACUCUACCUCUGACAGCACGUUAGGAGCACCAGUCGCUGAGCGGACACUGGUCUAGUCAAACCAAAUGGGCACAUGAGAACAGGACUUAAACCCAAAGUUAAAAGCUCAUAUAGCUGCAAACCAUAUCACCACUUGGUAACAAUGCAGACCUCAUGAGAAAAGAAAAAAAAAAAGCUUAAUGAAUAAGAUAUGUAAAAUUAAAAAAAAAGAAGUUAAUUUUAAGUUUAUCAUGCGUACAAAUCACUUUGAGUCGACUCAAAGUAAAAAAAAAAUAUUUCAGAGUGUUGACUUCAUUUGAUAUACACUAUAAUUCAAUAAAUGGACAAAGAUGAGAAAUGUGAUAUAUUCCUAUUGCCCUUCUCUUCUCCUGCACCCCUUUUUCCCCCAGUUUCCGUCUUCUGUUGUGAGAUACGCUUGGCCACAUGUUGGUGUCAUUUAGAUUUGUGUUUAUUGGGAAUUUGCACCAAACGUGAGCGAACAGUAACGGCUGGUGAAUACGCGCAUGCCUUUUUUGCCAGGUGUUCUUGCGCUUUUUUGUUUCGCUUUUUUUUCUUUCUCCAGUUUGUAAAGUGAAUUCAACUUUGGGAUGAUAAAUGAACAUAAAGUAAAAUCGGUGGGGUGGGUUCAGGAUGGGAAGUCAUAGGGUUCUUCGAAAAUCUUUAUUGUGAAAAAAAAAAAUGAAACUCAUGAAAGUCGUUGUGCAAUACUUAACGGAAACAUGAACCACAGGUUACAGGUGGGCUGGGAGGGUGUGGUCCGUCAUCACACCGUUUCAGUAUACUCUAGGGUUUUUGAGUCUACUAUGUCUGAACUGUGGUUUCUUGUUUAAUCUGUUUUCUUUAUUUUAUUCUCUCGUUUUGGGGGGGCUGUAGUAAAUGGUCUGUCAGUCUGUGAAUCUUUGCAGUAUGAUUCUGGUAUUGUUGUACUCUUUACUGUGUAAUAAAUAUGUUCAUACCUG